CCUUGUUCCGCCAUUUUGGUUAAGGCGGGCAAUUUUGAAACCCUGCUCGGUGUUGAACUGAGCUUAGCGAUACGACUAAUGUAAUUACUACUGAUAAAUCAGAUUUAAGAUAAUAUUAAAUAUUUCUAGAGUUUAAGUCUUCAUUAGUGCGUUUGUUUUUAGUGAAUGUCGAAGUAAUUACUUCGUUACGUGGAUUUAUUUCCUUUGCAAGAUGAGCAGCAGAACAGCGCGAGCGGCGUCCAUUGGACAGACGAGCAAAAACAACAACCAGAGCAGGAAGUCGGAUGGAGGCACCCCGCCACGCAGGAGAUCAGCACGGCUGUCUGCGAAUGAAGAAAACAUGCCUCCUAAAGCCGAGGCUUCAUGUGUGCCUGUCAAACGAUCGAUCACUGUGAGGAAGAUUGCACCCAGGAAAACCCAGGCCGCAUCAGAGCCUAAUAAGGAAAAUGUGAAUAAAAGAGUAUCCGGUGACUCUAGAAAAAGGUCCAUGGUCUCAAGUCCAACCCCAGUCGUCGAGACGACAGUGUCCAAACCCAUGAUCCUGUCUUCCAUCGAGGUCUCCGCGUCCCCCCCUCCCCAUACAGGACAACCAGAGGAGGACCCUGUGUGGUCCCGCAAAGUACGGCGCUCGUACAGCCGCUUGAGCGCGGGCAACCUCUCGUUUGAGAGCCCCAAGCCGCAGUCUGCCUCGUCCCCCGACCGCAGAGAGACUCUGUUUGGGUUCGAGAGGCUCCAAACCCCGGAGGUGAUCUGCAAAGCUGAUGUGUCCAGAGGAGCUGCUUCUUCCGUGUGUGUCAGAUCCUUCAACCUCUCGGCAGCUGACGACAGUAUUGCUAACACCUCAGAGCCCGAUCUGAACAUCCCUGGGGUUUGCAUGGUCAAGAAGAACGCACGGAGGAAGAGGGUUCAUCAGAUAAAGAUGUCAGAACUGGACCUUCUAGCUGCAAAGAUGAAUGCUGAGUUUGAGGAGGCGGAGUGCUUUGAGUUGGUGGUGGAGUGACACGCCGGAGCAGCUUCAAAGAUGCUUCAUAUCCUGGGGAUAAGUGAACUGAUACACAAUCCUGCUUCAGGGUGAAUUGCUUCUGUAUAAGAGGAGGACAGAUCAAGCGAAGUUGCUGAAUAGAGCUCUGGAGAAAUGGAAUAAGCCAUUACUUUUGGGGAUAAUUGCUUACUUUUGCCAUUUACUUUUGCUCUGUAAUAUGUUCUAGUCUUUCUCUGUCCUCUAUGUCAAUAGAGCGGAUCAGACUAUAUGAUUAUUUAACCCUAGUUUUAAAUUUGUGCUUGUUUCCCUCGUAUCUUCCAUUGUCAAAACAGACAUAAGCAGUGGUAUACAUUUUGUAGUUUAUUUCUCUGUGUAUUGUCUGAUUCUGUAGAAGCGCUAGUUGUGUUCAUUCACGUCGUUAGGACAUGAAACUUGGUUACUUGUUGUUUUUUUUUGACUAAUGUUGUACUCAAGCUUUCUACAAACUAAACCAACCAGCAGAAUAACUCAUUUUCAGUGUUGAUUUUACUCAUUAUAUUCUGUUGUUCAGACUUAGUCAUUUCAAAGCAUAUAGGAAUUUUUUUUAUUUUUAUUUUUUUGUAAAAAUAGCAGCCUGAAUUCAAACAUGUUGUUUUGUUCUUUUUAUAUAUGAGGGUGAGUCAAAUGAAAACCUUAAAAGAGCGACAUGAAUUGGAGAAGGAGGGAUCGAGACACUCACUGAAUGAAAUGUAGAUUAUGUAGAAAAAUUAUUUCUCUUUGGUGACAACUGUUUGCAAUUACCAAUGAAAAGUAAAAAAGGUUUUCUAUAGACUCACCCUCGUGUAUGGCUGAAGCUCUUAUAUAAGUUCAUUGACCGCUCUAUUAGGAACACUUGUACAUCUGCUCAUUCAUGUAAUGAUCAAAUCAGCCAAUCAUGUGCCUGAAACUGGGCAGUUGAAGAUUGGAAGAAGAAGAAGAAAUAAAAACCCAAACAGUGA